AUGCCGAUCACAGACCCGAGAGUUGUAUUCGGAUUAUCCGGAAGGAAAUCAAACAUGACCAUAUCACCCAUACAUGUUGCUGUUCUGGUGUCCGCCUCUCAAUCGGAUAAUAGCCCGAAUUCCAAUCCCAAUCUUGUGAUUAAUCAGGAAAGCGGUAGAAGUAAAAGGAGGAGGACAAGCAUUGAGGACUUUGUUGACAAUGGACUCGAAGUGUUGCUGUCAUGUGUCGGUGAAGAACUUUUAUCAGAAAUCCUUUUUAGACUCCCGAAUUGUCGAUCUGUUAUUCAGUUGAGCUCCGUUUGUUGGCGUUGGCAUUCAUUGAUCUCUCAACCCCAAUUCAUCCCUAGCUUCAUCCGCCUCCAUCAAGAUCGAGAUCAAUCCUACACCAUUCUGUUCCACAUGAAUUAUCGUUUUUUCGAAGAGUCCCCAACGUAUUUUCAAUUGGUUUGCACUCUGUUCUCGGAGGAAUCUUUGCUUAUCCACGGCGGAAAGCAUGCAUUAUUAUCAUCGUCUAAUUAUCUCGACUUCAUGCCUUCUUCACUCAUGGUCGUAAGAGCAUCGUGCAAUGACUUGUUGCUCGUGUCCCCCGAUACCCGCUUUUACCGCGGCCAUCAGAGGUACUGUAUUUGUAACCCGGUGACUAAAAAGUGGUUUCUCAUUCCUAGACAAACCCCUCUUGGAACAAAGGCAGGGUUUGCAUUAAUAUGCCAUAAGAACUCUUACAAGGUGGUACUUCUCGACAAGAUUAGAUUGCUUGGUGAAGAAGGAGAAGACCUUGUCGAUAGAUAUGAACAAACGGUGUGGGUGUUUUGCUCGGAGUCGGGGCAAUGGAACUCUUAUUUCUUCUUGGUGCCUAGGCGCCCCACAAUGGACUAUCCCAUUAUCACCAAUGUCGUUUCGUGCAAUGGGAUUCUGUACUGGAUGGACGGUUUAUAUAACUUCGACCGCAUUGUUUCUUUUGAUUUGGCCAAUAGUCAGUUUGCCGUAAUCUACUUCCCGGACAUUGUGUGUGAAAACACCACCUGUGACACGCCCGACUCGAGGGUCCACAUUGGUGCCGUGAGGGAUAAGUUGAGGUUGUUGCACGUUUUGAGGGCCGGGACGGGCCCGAAAUGCUUCGUGGUGAGGGUUUGGGAAUUGGACCAUUGGGAUGGCGACACGUGGGAUUUGGUUGGCGAGAGGGAGUUGAGCUUUCCGGAUGCCGUCACCGCUGAUGGUGACCGGGAUACUGUGGUGGCAGCCGUUUUUCAUCCGAAAGAUUGUGAUUCGAUUUUUGUCAUAUGUGGAAAGAGUGUUUAUGAGUGUGGGGUUUCGAAGGACACGUGUCGCAGGCUCGGUGAGCUUCGGGAAUCCAUAGGCGACGAGGGUCUCGCGUCCUUUGUUCUCAUGCAUCCACCUUGGCCGACCCAAAUUCCAUUUGGGGUUUAG